UGUUUUUUAAAUUUAAGAUCAUCAGAUUAUCAUCUUAUAUAUAUAUAUGCAAAUAUUAGUAUUAUGAGCGAACUCUCAGUUCCCAAUUAUAGAGGCUUUAAAUAUCUAGAGCCAUUAUCAGAUAUAGUUAAUUUACCUAUAGAUCAACUAAAUUUUGUUGUCACUCAAUUAUUGGGAUUAAUUCUUGCUUAUAUAUUACGUAAGAAACUAAAUCCUUUAAAAACAUCAUAUAAUGUUCGGAUGGCUUAUUGUCUCAUAAUCGGAUUUGUAUUUUUAUACUACUGUUUUGGGAAUGAUUGCCUCCAUGUUGUUAUACUAUGUUCAAUCUCAUAUAUUUUUAUUUAUCUAUCCCCAAAGGUAGAACGUUUCCAUAUAUUUCUAUCUAUUUUUGUCUUCAUUUAUUUGUCAUUUAUACAUUUUUCAAGGAUGACAGAAAAAUAUCAUACAUAUACUUUAGAUAUUACUGGUCCACUAAUGGUUAUGACACAAAAAUUAACAAAUUUAGCAUUUAGUUUACAUGAUGGAACAUGCAAACUAAAAUAUCAGCAAACACCACUAAUUAAAAAACGAGCAAUAAAUCGAAUACCAAAUAUUCUUGAAUAUUUAAGUUACUGCUUUCACUUUCAAACACUUCUAACUGGACCAUUAUGUUUUUAUAAUGACUACAUAGAGUUUAUAAAUGGGAAAAAUUUUACCAAACAUAUUAAAACAGAUGAAGUUACUUCAACCACAUCAGAGCUCAUUAGAAAAUCUCAAAAUGGUUCUUUAAAGAGUGAUCAAAACAAUGAUAAUAAUGACCAAUUGGAUGACAAAUGUACUAAAAAUCGUUAUGCACAUAGUGAUAAUGCAAAUAUAUCAAAAUGCAAUAACAACUACACUAUUGAAUCUAUAUACCAAAUCUCAGCUUUAAAACCAUGCCUCACGAAAUUUAUGACUGCAUUGGCAUUGGCUUAUACCUUAGUUAUAGUCAGACCACUGUUUCCCAUAGAAUUGAACCAUAAUUACAGUUUCAUCCACAAUUAUUCUUUGUUCGACCGAACCGUUUACUUAUGGAUAUCGAACGCUAUGCAAAGGAUCAAAUACUAUUUUGCAUGGACUUGCGCUGAUCUAGUUAGCAAUGUAUCUGGCUUGGGUUUCAACGGGUUCGUUGAAUCGUCAGAAUCAAAUACCAACGACGAGGCGAUCACUACCAAUGUCAGAGGAAAGAAUAAGGAUCCAGAUAAUGUCCCUACCUCAUCAACUAUUGGAAUCCGGGGCACACCGCGCUGGGAUCUGAUAUCAAACAUAGAUAUAAUUGGAUUUGAAACCUCCAUUUCUCUCCAUUCGGCCCUCAAUAACUGGAAUUUAUCGACGAUGGCUUGGCUGAGACAUUUAGUUUACGAAAGAGUUUCAUAUCAGAGAACACUUUGUGUUUACCUAGUUUCGGCCAUGUGGCACGGGUUCUGGCCCGGUUAUUACAUUACUUUUGUAUCUGGGGCGAUUUUCACCGAAGCCGCAAAGAUGAAUCGACGUAAAUAUCGCAAAUAUUUCGUAAGCAACAAAUAUAUUAAAUGGUUUUACGAUGUCCUUACAUUUUUCUUGACACGAAUCGCCAUAGCUUAUCUCAGUAUACCCUUUGUUCUUCUCAAACAUGGCCCGAGCCUUAUUGUAUACAGCUCCAUGUAUUACUGGCCUCACGUAUUAGCUAUCAUAAGCGUGCUAACCUUCUAUAUAAAACCUCCGAAAGGAAAAGAUUGACGAAGAAAUUUCGAUACAUAAAUUUGGUUGUUACUAAUAACAAUUAAUUAGCAUCUUUGGCGGAUGGAAAAUUGGACAAAAUAAUUUUCGCGUAUUAUUUAAAAUUGGGAGAAAAAAAAAUAUAUUAUUGGGUAGCUAUUUCUUUUUUUCAUAUUGUUUUCUUUUAAAAAAAUCGACGUCAUUUUCCUAUAAAAUUUGUUACCGCCAUAAAUGCUUUUGUAGUCGUUUGUUAUUUAUAUGCCUAAUGGGCUUAUGAAUUUUUUUAAAAAAAAUUUUUUAUUUAUUUUUUGUAAAAAUGUAUUGCUGAAGAUUUAUUUAGACUUUAUUAUUAUUACACGUUGACAAAUACGAUGGGAAAAAAAAUACAAUUUAUAUAUAUAUAAAACAAUUACGCACUAAAUUAUAAAAUAUUUUGUGAAAAAAAUGAUUGCUAAACAUUGCAAAGUUUUUGAUAAAUUAUUUAUAACAUAAGGAAUGUUUUUUUUUAAAAAAAAUAUUAAUAUUUUUAAUUUAUAAAAAUUUCAAAUAAAAAUAGCGAAAUUCUUAAAACUAUUUUUUGUUAAUACUAUAAUAAAAAAUACUAUUUUUUAAAAUUUUGAAAAAGAAUAUUUCGUUAUUUGAAUACUAUUACAAUUUUAUAAAAUAAAUGAGGUUUUUUUUAAAAAAAUGCACUAAAUAAACAUGAAUUCCAUCAAGGGAAAUUGUAUAUAUAAGAAAUGCAUGGGUAAAUUUUAAUUCAAAAAUAAAUAAAAAGCAUUCCAAAU